CCCAGGCAGGAGGAGACUGGAGUAAAGCGAGCGCUCCCCUUCCGCUCUCAAUCUCAAGUCCCUCUCUGGACGCUCCCUGCUCCAGAGUGAGACUUCGAAUCCCCCCAGGCCGGCUGCAGCCAACCCAAGAGAGGCAAGCCCCCGCUCGAGAGGUCUUAUGUCACCAUGCAGCACUAUGGCGUGAAUGGUUACUCUCUUCAUGCCAUGAAUUCCCUGAGCGCCAUGUAUAACCUGCACCAACAGGCAGCACAACAAGCUCAGCAUGCCCCAGACUACAGGCCUUCUGUGCAUGCUCUCACCCUGGCAGAGAGACUGGCUGACAUCAUUUUGGAGGCCCGUUAUGGCUCCCAGCAUCGCAAACAGAGAAGAAGCCGCACAGCCUUCACAGCCCAGCAGUUGGAAGCCCUGGAGAAAACCUUUCAGAAGACCCACUAUCCAGAUGUGGUGAUGAGGGAGAGAUUGGCAAUGUGCACUAAUUUGCCAGAAGCCAGAGUACAGGUUUGGUUUAAAAACAGAAGAGCCAAGUUUCGGAAGAAGCAGCGCAGUCUGCAAAAAGAGCAGCUCCAGAAGCAGAAAGACUCUGAAGCCAACCACAGUGAGGGCAAAGCAGAUGCUCCUCUCUUAGAAACACAGACACCAACUCCCGAUGCAGACAAAUCUCUGAGCCUGCCUAGUGAGGGGAAUGCAGAGCUCAACCUGACUCUGUCAGAGCAGUCGGCAAGCGAGUCAGCAGCCGAGGACCAGACUGACCGGGAGGAAGAAUUCAAGAUUUUGCUGGAGGAGAAUAAAGCAGACAAGAGCCCAGGAGCUGAAAACAAGACUCUCAACAGCAAGAGGGCAAGCCCAAAAGCAGAUUCACCUCUCAGUGCCACAGCCACACCAUCUUCCAGCAGCAGUGUAUCUCAGACCCACUCCUAUUCCUCCUCACCACUCAGCCUCUUCCGCCUACAAGAGCAAUUCCGCCAGCACAUGGCAGCCACAAACAACUUGGUCCAUUACUCCUCCUUUGAAAUGGGGAACCCUUCUGCCAUGCCUUAUUUGGGCAUGAAUGUCAACAUGGCACCCCUAAGUUCACUGCACUGCCAGUCCUAUUACCAGUCGCUUUCCCAUGCCCAGCAGGUGUGGUCCUCUCCUAUCCUGCAGGCUUCCUCCUCCCUUCCAAGCCUGAACAGUAAAACUACGAGUAUCGAGAACCUACGGCUGCGAGCAAAGCAACAUGCUGCUUCUCUGGGACUGGACACUUUACCAAACUGAGUGGCAGGCAUAAACAUGGUAAGAGUUCAACUGAUGGAUGACCACAAGGAAACGCACCAUGUCUUUGCCACUGGACGGGUUGCCCUUUGACAUGCAACAUGUUCUCAACUUUGCCCUGCAUCAAGGUGCUUCCACUCAUAAGGAAACAUUAACUCCUUUUACGUCUCCUGUAGUUCUGGUUUCCAUAUUGGGGUAUUACUCUGCCUGUUUCCACUGACCUAUUUAAAAAUAACCUACAGAAAGGAAAGAUGUUUUAAAUGUGAAAUUGAGUCAAAUAUGUAAUAUUUGGAAAGAUUCUUUAGAUGAUGCCAUGAUAAAUGUGUUGAUUGAAUUGUUUCUCUGGGGUGGGGGGAGGGAGAGAAGGACCUGCUUCAUACUGUAUAUAGUUUAUAUAAUGUCGGAAACGUUCCUUCACUUGUGUGUUGACGUCAGUGUUGCCUUAUGCAGAAUUGUGAAGCACGUCCCUUCCCUUUUCUUUUACAUUUAUUCUUAUAUACUAGGUAGAAUCAACACUGUAAUAAAAAAAGCCAAAUUCUGUCAGCUGAUUUUAUAUGGUCAGUGUUGCAGGUGUGGUUUAACAGAAAAAUAUUCUGAACCCCCAAUGCCAUGUUCUCCCCAUGUUCUCCAUAGUAGCCACAUUUUAUCAAUGCCAGGAGCUUAUUAAGAGUUUCUUCCUGCCUAAGCACUUGUAGCAGGAAGGUAUCCACUGCUGGAGCACUUCUUCAAAUGAAAUGAAUGAGAGAAAUGAAAGCACUAGAACUUCCUUUACAAACCUCCUUUACAAAUUCCAAAGAUUUUUUAAAUCUAGUUUCUCUCCUUUAUUGUCUUCUGAAGUGUACACACAUUCCACUGUAUAAAUUUUGUGUAAAACCUUUGAGAUUAAUUCGGACAAUGAAUUAAAAGGUUGUACUUGUCAUUUCCCAGUGCUUUCCUACUAGUUGCAAGUUACAGUUCUUUGAACAGAAGGAUAGAUUUAAGAUAAGUAUGGGACCAAGAAGUGAAAAGUGAGCAGGGGGGAGUGAGUGGAAACCAGUAAUUAAAAUCUACCCCCAUGCUUGUAGGACAGAAACGGACAUUGGGAUAAACAUCAAGGGGCACUUAAUAAGCGAUUUUAUUUUCUGUUAUCCUAAUUGUACUUUAAUUAGUCUUGUGGUCCUUUUAAAAAAAGUGUAUCUCCUACACCUUAAAUAGCAUUAAUGAGAGUUAGCUGAAAACAGGACAUUGGGGGGUGUGUUUUUAAAGUUAAAACCAAACCAACAUUGUAAAAACUUGUAUGAAAACUUGUUCAGUGAACACUUGAGCUUCAUUUUUUCACAGUCUAAGGUCACUUUUCUGAAAGAUUAAUAUCCCCAAGCAAAUCUUAAAAAUUUCGCUCUUUACAUUAACUCCCCCGCCCCCCCCCCGCCCCCCAAGUUUACAACACAAUUUCAAGGGGAAAGUUCUGGCUGAAUUUCAUUAUAACACUUUCAGCAUUUAUUUUAUGCUAGUAAGUGAAUGGUGAUAUCUGCUAUUACAUACUAACUGGAAACCAGCUAGGAACUAAUUUGGCCACCUUAAAAUGCCUGUACAAAGCUGAACAGAAAGAUACCCAAGAGCAAGGCUGCUUUUGUUUGGGGUUUGUAAUACAUUAUGCCUACCAACCAUUACUGGGUUCUAAAGGUAGACAGGAACAACUUCCAAGGCAGCUAGAACAUUUAUUAGAGCUGCAAGGCAGGAACAUUUUUCUAUUAUAUUUUGUUCUGAUUAGCUGGAAUUCAGGCAAAGAUGUAUCAAGGAGAACUAAGUGUUCUCCUUGAUACAUACAUUAUAGGCUGAACUGCAGCUGCUAUCCCUUCCAGUAGACGGCACAUAGCAAAGCAGUAUUGUCUUUUCCACCCUCUCCACACAUGCAAGAUAUAUAAAUCCUAUGUGAUCCUUGAGAAUAAUCUCAGUAAUCAACUUUUUUCAAAUGUAGGAGUAUCACCUGCUCAUCAUUUUAAAAGACUGUACCUUCUCUUUUUUCCUUUUAAAAUUUUUAUUGGUUUUUACAAUAUCUUAACAAUCCCGUUACAUCUAAUUAAGUAAAUAUUGACUUCCCGCUCACCAAUCUGCGCGAUUCAUUAACUAUACAAGUCAACCCUUGCUAUAGUAAUUCAAAACAUAUAUCCUACACAUUGCAAACUUGAUUUUACUCUACCCAACCUGCUAUUAUUACUAAAUUUCAAACCCUGAUGAAAGGUCCAUAUUAGAAAAAUAGUUCUUUAAGUAUAGUAAGAAUGGUUUCCAAUCUUCUUUAAAACAUUCCAAGUUUUCAUCCCUUAUCAGCGCUGUAAGUUUUGCCAUCUCAGCAUAUUCCAAAAUUUUUAUCAACCAAUCUUCUUUUGAGGGCAUUUUAUUGUCCUUCUAUUUCUGCGCAUAUACUAUUCUGGCCGCCGUGGUUGCAUACAUAAAAAAUGUUAAGUUUCUUCUGGAAAACUCUCCUUGCGUUAUUCCCAGCAGGAAGGAUUUUGGCCUCUUAGGAAAUGUCAUUUAAAAAAUUUUCUUCAACUCAUUAUAUAUCAUAUCCCAAAAGGCCUUUGCAAAAGACUGUACCUUCUUAAGACCGAUGCUUCACAAAAGUUCCUGAUUUAUGACUUCACAAUAACAUGGAGAUGGGAGACUGAUUUAAACACAGAAGGGCAGAAAUGUCAGAAUUCCUUUAAAAUUGCUCUGGAAGGACUUUUUAAGGAGGCUAGCAAUAGGCAUUAAAUUAAUAUUGUGUCAGUGAACAGUGACCAGGGUGGUGAAACCUCUAAAUUCACUUGAUUCCAGACAGGUCAACAUUGAUGACUACAUGUUGCUUCCAAUUUAUUCUGUCAGUGUAGCAAACUCAUCAUUUCUGUAAAGCAGAAGCAAUACACCUGUGCAACUUUACAAGUAAUUAAUCUGUACAGGGAUUCACUUGUUUGGUUUCCUUUUUUAAAAACACACAUUGUUUUUCAACUUGUUUCUAGGGUUUAAAACAAAAAGAGAGAAAAAGAGUGGUUUCACUUCCCUCCACCCUGCUAUAUUUCUCCUAACAGUACUGAUCUUUCCCUCUCUACUAUGCUUGUGUCAACUAAAAGAAAAUGCUAGACUUCUGUAUCAGCAUACAGUAAGUAAACAAGUCAUCUGCCUAAUAAGUAUUGACAUUUUAAGAUGGGAAUUGCCUUGGAAAUCCAAUGUUUUUGUUUCAGUUCCUUCUAGGAACUGCUUUUCCUUAGCCAUUCACCAUGAUCAAAAAUAAAUUGUCUUAUUCAUUUUCAUAUAAUUGUUUGGAAAUGAGGAAAGUUGAUAAGACAUGUGCACAGAAGUAUAGAUACUGGAAUGAACAUAUUCAUUAUUUCUAAAAAGGACCAAGCACUGAAGCUGUUUUAGCUUUAUAUCAUUAAAAGAAUGUAACUGUGAGUUUGUUUUUCUUGCUAGCAUUGUUUCAAAUGUAGGCAGUACUGUUGCCUAAAAUCUGCAUGAACUUGUAGGUUACUUUGCUGUAAAAUAAGUUUCCCCUUCCAUUCUGCAUGGGCCGGUUCAGACCCUUAAAUGCCUGUGGAAGGAAUGUGCAUGACCACACAUCUCAGCUUCGUGUUUAAGACAGCCAGUUGCCUGAACCAGCUCCAUGAGCAACAUCUUGCCUUGUGUUUCCAGUCUCACUUCGUCCAACGUGUUCGAAAAACCUCUGAUUGGUCUGUUGCAGGGCUGAUACUGUGGUGCGUAAACAUACUACCACUUUUAUUUUGUGCAAAAUUCUCAUUUCUGUCAUCAUAUUUCUGUAUAAUCCUUAUAUCUUUUAAAAACAGAUAGAGGGCUGAAUCCACAGCAUCCCUUACUCUGGAAUUAAUACUUGCUCUGAGUAAGAACUCUUGGAAACUGCUGCAAGUGCUGCACAUGGAAGUCAUUCACACUAUCAAAAACUGUGUUCCACCCGGGUUUGGGGGCUCUGUGUGCUCCCAAUUUUCAGUUGUGUGGAAGCAAGUUUAGAGGGAAACCUGGGUAGAAGUGAUUGUGUGGAAGCAAGGUAGGAGGAAAAGCUACCCAGGAGAUGGGUGCUCUAGGCGCCUAUUUCUGUGUUCCCUGGGGCUGAAAGUAGCCCCAGUGAACACACUAUCCCGAAGCCUGGGUUAAGGGCUCACUUGAGCCCUUAACCCCAGCAGCAAUGAGCUGAGUUUAAAAGCUGUUCUAGAUGGCACUGCCUCACUGAGAUAAGGCCCAAUCCUAGUGGUUCUCCCAGCAAUUCUCAUGUGCAACCUGACCCAGGCUGGGAUUCUCUAGCCUGGGUUAGGGUGCAUGUGAGAAUAGCCACAUGUUGUAAACACAACAAAAAUCAUAACAAGCACAUUCUUAUGCCAGUUUGUUUAGAAGCAAAUCCCAUUGUUCAAUGGGACUUACUCUCAAGUAAGUGUGUAUAGGAUUGUGGCCUUGUCCUUGCAAAAUUAAUGCUCAGUGGCAAACAAUGCAAUUAGUUCUUUCUUAUGAUCUCCAAAGUAUGAACUGUUUUUCUGUCCUGCAAUUAUUGCAUUAACUCCUUUCUCUUAUAUCUCAAGGUCUACUUAGCCAAAUUAGUAAAACUUCUGUUGGUCCAAAAGCUUUAAUUGAAUCACAAAUUUCCUGAAUAUUGGUACAGAGAAAGAAAGAAAACAUACACACACUAGCCACAAGCCCCAAAGUAAGACAUUUAAAAGAGUUAUUUAACUAUCAAAUUGUAUGUACAAAUUUUGUUACAGACUUGUUUGAAUUUGGGAAGAAAAAAAUUAACCAGUAAAUUCUAAUAUACAUUAAUCAGGUUUCCCAUAGAAACAGGCAAUUUUGAGAUUUAUUUUAAAAAGAUUGCAUUUCAAAAUAAAGUGACCAUUUCUCACGAUAUCAUCUAGAUAGACAUUUCCCACCAUGCUUGGAAAAUAAUCAAUCUGAAUAACAAGUCCUAUUUUGUACAAUUUAAAAGUUGUAAACUUAGUAGAGCCAUUGCUUGAGUAUUUGCAAGUGGAGGCUGCUGCUUGGAUCAUCAAUAAAUGCUUUAGACUGUCAUGAAAGCAGGGUCAUGCACAAUGCAGAGAUCCCAUCCUAAAGUUUAACUGGAGAGCACUUGAAGGAUCAGAUCCAAAUCUAAAAGAAGUGGGUUCUUCAUCAUCAUAGUUGUAACCUUAAGCUUACCAUUAACAUUUCUUUAAAUGCAGUAGCUGACAUCCAGAGCAGCAUUCCAAGGAUACAAGAGGCAGAGUCUUCCCAAGAAGCAGAGCACAUGUGUAGGGGGAGAGCAGAGCAAUGUUUGCUGAUCUUCCUUGCCUCAGUAUGUGCUCCUUAGCUUUCAGAUAUGUGUCCCUAAAGGCUGUACAGCCCUCAGGGACAUAUUCCUGGAAGACAAAGAGCACUUAUGGCUGCAGGGGAGAGCAUCAAAAAUCCCUCCUCUCAUGCACAUGCUCUGCUGCUUGGGAAGACUCUGGUUGAGUUAGGAGCAACUUCUCCUUGAGAGGAUGCAGCUCCUGCUGCAUCUUUGGAAUGCUACUCUAGAUGUCAGUCAGUGGCACUAGUCCACACAAACAGCAGAUUAGAAUGUAAAAUGGUUUUUGGAUUGUACCACAUGACUGAAUUUAUUCACAUGACUGAAUUCCUCCGUUUUAAAAAAUCCUUGCACAUCUAAAGCUAAAUAUGAAGGAGAAGGCUAGACUGGACGACUCCUCCCUUACAGGUUCUUUUUUUAUGUGCAGGAAAUAGACGUGUAUGGAGACUCAUUCAAUGAGAGCUCCCAGUUACAGGCUAAAGUGAACCAAUGUGAAAAUAACCUCAGCUGCUGCAUGGGAGAAUUGGGCUUUACUUCCAAGUAAACAUGCUAAGGCUGGAGGUAUACUUUGUGCCCAUGUUAAGCUCAACUGUGAAUAAAAAAGGCUAAGAUUAUUGUCCCCCCCCCCCACGACAGGUUCUCUUGUUUGCUUGCUUCAAAAAGCAUUGAAAAUGUGUAACAAGGACCACACUGCUCUCUGGUCAAAGGUGUAACUUGUAGUAAUUAAAAUGGACUUUCUCUAUAUUUGCAUAGAGAAAAGUUAGCCAAAGACAGAUAGCCCAAGACAGCCAAAGAUGAAGAACAGCCCACAUCUUUCUGCACAAGUAAAAAGCUCUGCUAUUACAGUGUAACCUGGGCUGCCUUUGUUUGGCCAUGUGAAGUACAUAUGUGGGUGGCCAUUAUAUAAUGGUUACCAAGGAUAUGUGGUCUUCAAGUAUACAUAAACGGAAUACAUUGGUACUAGCUGACCCGUGCGGCCGCCGCCGCCCUGCGGGGGCCGAGUGCGGCCGCUGCGGCCUCGCCUCCGCAGGCAGGCCCGGCCAGUCCCGCCGCCUCGCCUCCGCGGCCCGGCCAGUCCCGCCGCCUCGCUUCCGCGGCCGGGCCCAGCCAGGCCAGGCUACCUCUCUCUCUCCUCCCGCCCCCCGUCUCCGGCGGGGCAGAGUGAGGCCGCCGCCGCCAGCGGGCCUGGCCAGCCCCAGAGUGCCACCGCCGAUGCCGCGGCCGGCCCCAGAGUGCCGCCAUCAGGCCCGCCGCCUUGUCUCCGCGGCCGGGCCCAGCCCGGCCAGUCCCGCCGCCUCGCUUCCACGGCUGGGCCCGGCCCCGCCGCCUCGCUGGGCCCCGCCGCCUUGCCGUGCCUCGCUGGGCCCGCCGCUAGCUGGGCCCCGCCACCACGGCCUGGCCCGCCGCCAUCGCGCUGGGCCCGCCGCCUCGCCCCGCCUCACGGCCGGGGCCGCCGCCGCCACCUUGCUGGGCCCACCGCCUUGCUGGGCUCCGCCGCCACGGCCCUGGGCCCGCCACCUUGCCUCCGCCCAGCAAGCGAAUUCUCCUGGGUGUGCUGCCAGCCAAUCAGGCACCCCCUGCAGCCCAGCCAAUCAGCUGGGCUGCCGGGACGCAUUUCUCCUGGGCACACCCAGGAGAAUUAUAUAUAUAGAUAUCAACUUCUUUGUAACUUAAGCUGAUUUAUAAGUAGAGUUGUGCGGGUUCCCCCCCCCCUGUUUUGUUUUUGGCCCGAAUCCGAAACACCCCCAUUUUGUUCUUUGUUCGAAAUUGCAAAAUCUGAAUCUGAAACGUUUUGGAUUUUAAAAAAUUGGCCCCUGGGAAAAAAAUAGUGGGUGGGGGUGGUAGUACCCGAUGGGUGGAAACUACCACCCAAAUUUCAGAGGAAUUGGGCAAAGGGCUGAUUUUUGGUGAAUUUUUGAAGUAUAGGAUUUUUCCCAUAGGGAAGAAUGGAGGUUUCAGCAAAAGUAUAGCUUCAUGUUGGGGGGAAAGGGGUGGCCCAGAGCAGAGUAGGGUGGGUGGUAGUGCCCAGUGGGGGCAAGGAAGCUGCCAGAAUUAUUUCAAAAGAAUUGGGCAGAGGGCUGAUUUUUAAAGAUGUAAUGGAGUUUGCGCGUCUGUAAAGUUCUUCCCCAUAGGGAAUGAUGGACCUCCAUAAUUCCUGCCCCAUAACUACACUUGGGGGGCACCAGGGUGGCCCAGAGCGAGUGGUGGUGUAGAGCACAUA